UUGCGUCAAGUUGACUCAGGCUCUUGCCUAGACACAGCGAUUACAUUGAGACUCCCACAUACUGCACGCGGGUCAGCGAGGGACAACAGAGAUCAAUAACAGAAUGGCAGAUAAUGGGCAGUCAGCAGAGAUGGACACAGAGGCAUCACAGGCUACUCAGGAACAAAGUGUGGUUUCCCGAAUGAGCAACCUGCCGCUGGUGAGUUCAGCAUGUGGUGCGGUGUAUAAUGCUUACAGCACUACUAAAGACAGCGUGCCACUCCUGAAAGGAGUAAUGGAGGUGGCAGAGAGCGGGGUGCGAACACUAGGUGCCGCUGCUUCAACGGGUUCCAAACCCAUACUAGACCGGCUGGAACCUCAGAUUGCAGUGGUAAAUGAAUAUGCCAUGAAAGGCCUGGACAAGGUAGAAGAAAACCUCCCAAUUUUACAACAACCAGCAGACAAGCUGGUCUCCAACACAGUGGGCAUGAUGUACCAGUCAGUAACAGGAGCAAAGGAUGCUGUGGUGGGGGCCGUGUUGGGAGGUGUGGAAAAGACACGUAUGGCUGUGACCGGAGGGAUAAACACUGUCAUGGGGAGCCGUGUGGGCCAGAUGGUCAGUAAUGGUGUAGAUAAGGCCCUUACUCACUCUGAAGACUGGGUGGAUCAGAACCUUGCACUUAGUGAAAAGGAGCUUGCUGCACUGGCUGAACCAAGGCCAGGUGAGGAGGAAGGAUUCAUGGUAACUACUAGCCCCAGCUACUUCGUCCGCCUGGGUAAGCUGUCUGCCAAGGUUCGGGAGAGGGCGCUUGAGCAGUCCCUGCUUAGGGCCCGCAAGGCCAGAGACACUACCCAUGCCACUGUGACUCAAAUGACCAGCACUUUGGACCUGCUGGAAAGUACCCGGGCUACUUUGGCCAGUGCCAGCCAGCAGCUAGGGGGCGCUCCGGAGCAGUUACUUCAGAGAUGGAAAGAAUGGAAGGAAGGGCAGCCCAAAGAACUGCAGGAAAAAGUAACAGAAGAGUCUGAGGUGGAUGCAGCAAAAGGCAAGGGAGAGGAGCUGGAGUGGAGAGCCCUGUCCAUGGUACGGGGUUUGAGUGAUCAGCUAAAGGUAGCAUGUUCAGGUGUUGUGUCCAGCGUACAGGGUCUCCCAGGCACUGUGCAGGAACAGCUUCUGAAUGCUCGACAUACAGCUGAAGAACUCCAGGCAUCUCUGAGCAGCACCAGGACACUCACACCCAUUCUCUUACAGCAGACGCGUCAGCAGAUAGGCCAGGUACGACAAUCUUUGGAUGGAGUCGUGGAGUACCUUCUCAAUAACACUCCUCUCAAUUGGCUGGUUGGGCCUUUUGCACCUCAGAUAACAGAGAAAGGCGAUUGAAAAUGCACAAUAGUCUAAUGAAAUAGGUUAAUAUAUGCUGCAAAUUGUUGAAUGUUGUAACCAUUUCCAUUUCAGAAUUUUAACUAGUUUUAACUAUGAGUCAUUAGACUCAUACUACAUUUUUAAAAAUGACAGUAUAAUGAACAUAAAAUUGCAAAAUUAUAAUUUUAACAAUGUCAGUAUUUUAAACCAAGCAUUGAAACCACUGCCGUAUGGAAGCUAAUGCAGGUGCUACACUGCCGCAUUCAAACCUGUCGCACUAUCAAAUACUGAAUACAUCAUACUUUCUAAAUAUGAGCAAGCCACAUAGUCCCUGGUUUUCUAAUUCAUGAUGUUUAUGUCACAACUCCUGCAAAAGAGAUCAGUUGAUUGUUUGAAAUGCAAAAUCAAUCGAUCAAUUAAAUAAAAUACUUUUGUGAAAGAAAUUA